GACUUUGCAGCCCGAUUGAUUUUAACUACUGGCUGUAGGUGUCUCUUGCGAUCCUUGUGCUCACAGCGUUCUUUGUGCGCUGCAUGCACUACAGCAGAGUACCCGCCAAUCGUAUCUUUCCAACUCCGUGUGCUCGCACAACUCCUUAUUGACGCCAUUUUACCCCGACGAGGAGCACUUCGCGCUGCAAAAGUCGUCCGGGAUGAUUGGCAAAUAUCGCCAGAGUGCCGGUCCCGUCUCGAAAUAAAUGCACAGCUAGUCUCCUGCGAAAUAUUCAUCAGUUCGAGUCGCUGAUUUGCUAUGGAAUAUGAUUCUGGAUUGGAAAUCACAGCUCUGCCAGUCAGGAAAUACAACAAACACGUUUUGAGCAGCGACGACGAUGCAGCCAAUGUCCACGUGGACAGCAGAUGGGGGGACAUAGUGAACGGCCACCACCAUUCGCUGUCGGCUUCCCCAUUCUACUUUUCAGAGCUGGGCGCCGCAUCGCCGCUGCCCCCGCCGAGGAAGAAGGCCUACCAAAAUCCGGCCGCUAUCGAACUCGAUGACACUAGUGCGUUCUAUGAAGACACGAGGACUGCAAAUCCGCAGCCUCUUGUCCGAUUUCAGUGUGUUAAGUGUAAAGAGGGUGGAUUCGAGACUCUGCCAGCCCUUAAGGAGCACCAGAGGCACUGUUUGAAGAUCAGAAAAAUAAUACCUAGUGCGAAUCGAACAAGAAGAAAAAUAUACUUCUGCAACUCGUGCGGCACUUACCACUCUGGGUGUGAUCUUUACCUGCACACGUUACAGGUUCACCAACGCCAUGUUUGUCUCUUCUGUAUGGCAACCUUUAUGCGGGCUGACAAGCUGGCGUAUCACCUGCGAACAAGGCACAGAUUACUUAACGUCAAUUCCACACUAGCUGAGUUCAUCUCCAACUAUUCGAAUGGCUGUCUGCUGAGCUGCUGCUCUUGUAGCAGGUUGUUCUCCGAAACAGACAACUUCUGCGGGCACGAUUGUCAAAGGCCGAAAAACAAAGCCGCAAAAAGCGAGUCCUAUGGUGUGCCUCACGGAGAAAACCACAAGCACCCAGCUAGUCACUCAGCCUCUAACUUCACACUGCCGCAACUCAAGGAUGUCACAAUUAUCCCUAUCAACAAGGGAGGUGGCAAGAAAGAGGCCUCUCAGUCGCCUCCCAAAACACCCAGUUUGAAAAUAAAAUUAAGUGUGCCGAAGAAAAGCAGUAAAAAGUUAAAAACCCUUCCUGAGCCUCCACCGCCAGUCCCAGAGCCGCCAGCUCCAGCUCCAGAGCCUCCUGCUUCUGAACCGCCCGCGGUAGUGGACGAACCCGCAACCCCUGAUAAUGAGCUUCCUAUUCGGUUGAAUGGGGAGAGCUCUAUGCUUGACUCCGAUCUAUCGCGGAAUGAAGAGUCUGAUUGGACACAAAGCGAACCUCCACCCUCCAUUGAGCCAGCUCUGCCUGAACCUGAGGUAGAGCCAGAGCCGGAACCAGUGGAGGAACCACCUCCACCACCAGCAGAAGAGGACAUUCAGCUUGCCAACGAAGACUCUCCUCUGAUUGAUCUCUACAUUAACAAGUCUCUGGAGGAGCAGCAUAUUCAGGAGCUGCUGAAGCAGGCCAUCACUGAAGUGUGCAGCAUUUGCGUCUACUGCACGCACGCAGUGAAAAUCGCCGUUAAUGGAAAGCAGCUGGCUCUGCAUCUGUUGUCUGAGCACAGAUUCCAGCUCAUCUUUGACAAAGAGCAGUUGCCACUUACCAGCUUUAUUGAGCUGCUCAAAAGCAAACUUACUGAGCUGGAGAACGCGUUCUUCAACUGCGACUCUUAUGACAACAUGCAAGAACUGGAUGCCCAGCCCAAGUUCAUGAGACACUACGAAUGCUUCCAGUGCAGGUACGUCACUCUCCUCCACAAAGAACUAUACUUGCACAACAGGAAAAUGCACCAGAAACAUAGUCUGGUAUGCACCAUGUGCAGGACCAACUUUUUCAACUACAGCGAGCUGCUGUGCCACCUGUGUCCUGGAACCUACAUAGACAACUAUAGUACAAAAUUCCGGUGCUGCUUCUGCAGCGUGGACAACCUGCCCUCUUCAUUCCGGCUGAUGGUCCACCUGCGCAAGUGCCAUCUGUCGUGCGAGGUGUGCUUGGAAACCACUCCCGACCAGGCCAAGCUUUCGGGCCACGUCUGGAAGCACAAGCUCAACCACUUCUGCCACAAGUGCUGCAUAGCGUACAGGAACAAAACGGACAUGACCAGGCAUCUCUUCUGGAAGCACGGGACUGAGAGUGUUGUGUGUAAAAAGUGCUUGCAGAAAAAGUGGCCCUACGUUUACCACUUCUGCAUACCCCCGCCGCAGUUCACGUGUGAGGAAUGCGGCCUUACUUUUGGCAAGGCAGUCGCUCUCAAAGUUCACAAAAGACUCCAUACAAACGAUUUCCGCUACCCGUGCGGCGAGUGCAACGAAAGCUUCAUCUCGCGCAAGGUGCUUGCCCGGCAUGACAGAAGCAUUCAUAAUCCGCUUCCACUACCCCCGCCGCCUCCACCGCCUCUUCCAGAGGAGGAGGAGAAGCUCGACGUGGAAAAGGAUAGCAUAUCCACAGACGUCGAAAACUCCCUUCCAGUGGACUCGGCUAUGAAGUCAGAGCCAACAGUAGUUAGUAGUGAUCGUGUGGACUCAGUUGAAAAGAAAACACCUCCCUCUGUUGAAAAGAAAACAACUCCAAAGAGAGAUGUGUUAGAUUUGCCACCACUGAAUCUUUCAUCUGACAGCGAGACUGACUCCGAUGUAGAGGAUGGUCCUGUUAAAACAAAAGAAGAUUCUCCUGUUAAAAACGAAAGUUCAGUUGCGGAAAGUGAAACGCCCAAAGAGGAAGUCGGUUUAGAUGCCACUGUGACUGCCGCGCCCACCGAUUCGGUUUGGGACAGUUUUAAAGACCAAAACGAACCUAAGGCAGAGGCCAAUCAAGAGACUGUACUUGAGCCAGAGGGCAAAGUUGCAGAGCCGGCUUCUGUCCCUGAGGAAGUGAAGGAGCCAGAGCCAGCUCCCCCCGCGCCUCCGCAGUUGAAUGCAGAGGAACUGUCACUGGUAACUCAAUCUGACCACGAUUACUUCAAUGUUCUGGCGUACGAUCCGGAUGAGCCACCUGUUGACGAACCGCCAAUGCCUGUGUUGGAAAACUUUCAAAUCCCUUCAGAUUCGAUUGUUGCUAGCUUCACUGAAGGCAUUCAGCUUAGUCCGCCGAGGUUUUACAAGAGAAGGCGUCAAGAAAGCUCAGGCUCUUCAUCAGACAGCAGUUCCAGCAGCUCAGGCAGUGACUCCAGCUCGUGCAGUUGCUCCAGUUCCAACUGCAGCUGCGGUUCUGGAUCGUCAAGCAGUGGUUCUUCCUCGAGCAGUUCAUCCGACUCUGGUUCUGACAACAAUGAAAAGAAGACUCGCAAAUUGAAGAAAAAGCUUAAGAAAAAGACCAAAGGAGAGCAGUCGCUUCCAAACGGGGCAGCGCAGGCGGCAGUUGAGGAGGAGGAAGACGAACACAUCGACCUUGGCCCUCCUGUGCUGUACUUCCACGAGUCAGAUUUGGACACAAAUGAGUCCGCAUCAGACGACGAAAAUUUCUACGACGAGCACCCGCGCAAACCAGGCCUGAACCGGCCGCCAACGCUGUCAUCGAUCUUUUCCCCAUCCAUCACGCCAGCACCCACCCCGCCGCCGAGCCUGGAAAACGGCGUGGCCGGCGGCGGUGGUGGCAGUCUGGACACUGUUCUGCCGCAGCAGCUGGACCACAAAAGCAAACCGAAGAAGAAGAAGCGGCAGUCGCAGCACCACCACUCGUCGCCAUCUCAGCCACAGAGCAAGAAGCGCAAAGACCACUGGUCGCCAGACGCCAUUUACGAGAGCAACCUUCGCUUCUUCUUGGCCAACCAGCUGAAGAAGAAGCCCUCACAACCCGAGCAGCUGGGCACCGAGAUUGUGGACGGCAACCGUUCGUCCAAGCGCAAGCGGGUGCCCAAGAGGUUCUACGGUGACAACGAGCAGGAGAACUCCGGUAUGUCAGGCAUGGGCCUGUUCUCGCCUGUGCCACUGUUGCCCGUCAUAACGCCGCGGCCGUCAAAGAAGAAAUCUCGCUCUUCCAGCAUCGUGUCCGAAAGCACAACACCGCAGCGGCCACUGUCGCCGCGCGAGAUGACCGAGUCUGAGCGCCACCUGACUGACGUGAUCGACUUUGUAGCGCUGGGACGCGACGGCAAGACAGCUGAAGACCACGAGUACCGGCGCCGGCCCAAGCUGGUUAUUACCCUGCCGACAAGCUCGUUCAACAGGUACAGCGAGGAAGCGGCCGCUGCCAGCGACUCGAGCUCUGAGGCGGACUACGAUUCCGACGACGAGGACGAGCCUGAGCCUUCCAUGUCGCCGAUUCAGGAUGCCAUCGAGACGUUCACUAGAGCGCACCCCUCGGAGCAGCAGCAGCAGGCGCAGGACACGAAGCUCUACUGCUACUGCAGGUGCCCUUACGACGAGGUGUCUGAGAUGAUCGGAUGCGACGACCCGAACUGCAAGCACGAGUGGUACCACUUUGACUGCGUGGGCAUCAAGGUGCCGCCCGUCGGCACCUGGUACUGCCCCGAGUGUCUCAAGAAACAAGCUUUAGCAGCUACAUAGCAAUGAAACGCUUAUUGACUGGACUCUGAUGAGUAUUAUCCGUAGCCUUGCUAGGCUCUGGCAGGAAAACUUGAUUGAUUGCCUCGCUGCUCACGAUUGGUUUUCAAUCGUUUUUAAACUUUUUGAUUUUUCUCAAAGCUCAUGUUUUGCAUCUCCUUGUGUUGCGUAUCUUGUGCAUUUACGUUAUAUUAUCGUCUAUUGAAAAAAGAACUCAUGAAUUCUUGCGACGAGCGGCAGAGUACAACUUUGAUGACCUGAGAAAUCACAAUUUCCUGCCACAAUCCCGCAGAGGAAAGCGGAUUUUAAUGUGGCGACAGCACGUAGAGUAGUUGUACAAAUUAAAGGUUGAGCACACACUUGGUUUCCUCAUCUCAUUCUCUUUGUAUGAUGACUGACGGUGUAGAAUGAUUCUGCGUGCAGCAGCAAUUGCCUAUUUUGAACGCGACAUGAUUGGCGGAUCCACUUAAAUCUAAACUAUAUAACCGCCACAAACUAAACAAAAUUAAUAGGGGGCUCCAUUUCAUCCCCGGCAACGGAAAUCCGCUGAUGUUUUUCAUCUGUCUGUAUGACCACGGCAUUGAAAAUAAAGGUGCCAAUGUUCCUUGGUCAAUUUACUGUCACAUUAUUUGUUACUAUUUUAAACUCUGAAGUUGUUAUUUCAAUGUCGUAAGCUUUACAAUUGGCUCUGGUUCUUAGGAAAUCCGGUUCCUAAACCGUGGUGUUUGUGUUCCAAGUAAAUUUUAUCUGAAAGCCAUUGUAGAGCAACGACAGCACCAUUAAUUUUUCAGUGGAAUCUUCAUUUUACACAUCACAGGCAGACUGUUUGCAGCCUGGUUGCAUAAUCUGCCUCUAAAAUGUAGCAUUGGGAGUAAAUCAGUUCUGUUUCAAAAAUGGCAAGUGCAUAGAUUAACGAGAAUCAUUUUUGUGAUACAUGAAUAAAAAUAACCAAACCUCAAAA